GGGAUCCGGGGGGCCACCGGGGGUGGCUGGGAGGAGGGAACGGGCUGCCAGGGAAGUGAUGGGGUCACUGUCCCUGGAGGGAUUUAAAAGACGUGUCGAUGUGGUGCUGAGGGACAUGGGUUAGCAGUGGCCUUGGCAGUGCUGGGUUAACGGUGAGAGUUGAUCAUCUUAAAGGUCUUUUCCAACCAGAACUGUUCCAUGAUUCUGUAAUACCUGCAGAAGAGCCAAGAGCUCUGCAGGUCUCCUGCAGGCCUUGGAAACUGCAUGGAAACUCGUAGGGCAGUGGUUUGAAGGUGCAGUGCCUGGGCAUUUUUCCUACUGUACAUUAUGGAUGUUAGUGAGAAAAGCCCAGGCCCUGCAGGAGGUUCUGGUCUGGUGCAUUUUGGCAGUAACAUAAAUCUGUUUUCAUUUGAAUGGUGGGUAAGCAGAUGGGUAGUCACAUUAUCAAUAAAUGACUUUUGGGUCUGCGUGAGGCUUUGCUGCUGGCACGGUUGGGGUCUCUCUGCCUGCAGAGCUGUCCCAAUCCAGGAGUCAUUGGCUCUGCCUUCUCCAUGUUUGCAGGAUCCACGUGUACACUCACCGGCGGAUGGCCAUAACAGCUGAGGAUGUGUGGCUGGAGAAGAUUAUCCCCAUCACAGAAGAGUUUGCAGUGGAAGAAGUCGUACUGGACAGUGACCUUCAGGUCCUUGCAAAACGCGGAAAAGGACCACGGCGCCGACGUGACGGUCCGGAUCAGCUCCGCGGACGAUCGCCUCACGGUGCAGCUGCCCUUCGGCUCCCACACACGAACGUUCCUGCGGGAGCUCCGCGGCGGCCCCGGCCCAGAAUUGGUUGGCUCUGAAGGCAUCAAACAGAACGGAAAGAAGCUGGGUGUUGGUCAGAGGCACGACUGCAGCCAGACGAGUGCUCAUAGGCAAAGCAAACUAAGACCUGAAGUGGCAGCUGCGAUGGUGUGGUCCUCCAGCGUCAUGGCUUCAAACAAGGCUCCCACCUUCUCGGAGCCAAUGUUUGGACUGAGAGAUACUAUUAUUAAAUCUCAGCUUGUACAAAGGGAGGAUUCCUACACAUACAUCCAGAACUUCAGGUUUUUUGUUGGGACAUACAAUGUGAACGGCCAGUCCCCCAGAGAAAGCCUUCAGCCUUGGCUGAGGUGUGAGGCUGAACCUCCGGAUGUUUACUGUGUGGGUUUCCAGGAGCUUGAUCUGAGUAAAGAAGCCUUCUUUUUCAAUGACACACCACGGGAAGAGGAAUGGUUUAAAGCUGUAACCGAGAGUCUUCACCCAGAUGCGAAGUAUGCAAAGGUGAAACUUGUGCGGCUCGUGGGAAUCAUGCUUCUCUUAUAUGUGAAAGCAGACCUUGCUUUGAACAUCUCUGAGGUGGAAGUUGAGACUGUGGGAACUGGAAUCAUGGGGAGGAUGGGCAACAAAGGUGGUGUUGCCAUAAGGUUUAAAUUCCAUAACACCAGUGUGUGCGUUGUGAAUUCUCACCUUGCAGCUCACACAGAGGAAUACGAGCGGAGGAACCAGGACUUCAAGGACAUCUGCUCUCGGAUGCAGUUCUGCCAAUUGGAUCCAAAUUUGCCCCCUCUCACUAUUGGCAAUCACGAUGUGAUCUUGUGGUUGGGUGACCUCAACUAUCGGCUGGAGGACCUCGAGGUGGCAAAAGUGAAGCAGCUGGUAGAUGAAAAAGCCUUUUUAGAGCUUUGUCAAUAUGACCAGCUAAGGAAGCAAAUGAAUACAAAAGCAGUCUUUGAAGGAUUCACAGAGGGAGAGAUUUCUUUCCAGCCAACAUACAAAUAUGAUCCUGGCUGCGAUGACUGGGACACAAGUGAGAAGUGCCGUGUUCCAGCGUGGUGUGAUCGGAUCCUCUGGAAGGGGCAGAACGUUGCUCAGCUGAGCUAUCGCAGCCACAUGGCUUUGAAGAUCAGUGAUCACAAGCCAGUCAGCUCCGUGUUUGAUAUCGGGGUGAAGGUUGUGGAUGAAGAGCUGUAUCGAAAAGCCUUUGAGGAAAUUGUGCGCUCCCUGGACAAGCUGGAGAAUGCCAACAUUCCUUCGGUGACCCUCUCCCAGAGAGAGUUCUAUUUUGAAGACGUAAAAUACAUGCAGCUGCAGGUAAAGAAGUUUACAAUCCGCAAUGGAGAAGUGCCCUGCCAGUUCGAAUUUAUCAGCAAACCAGAUGAGGAAACCUACUGCAAGGAGUGGCUGAUUGCUAAUCCCAGUAAGGGCUUUCUGCUCUCAGGUGCUGAGAUCACAGUUGAAUUGGAGGUGUUUGUUAAUAAAUCAACAGCUACCCAUUUAAACUCAGGAGAGGAAAAGCUUGAAGAUAUCUUGGUCUUGCAUCUUAACAGGGGGAAGGAUUAUUUUCUCUCUGUAAUGGGAAACUACUUGCCAAGUUGCUUUGGGUCUCCCAUUCAUACGCUGUGUCACAUGAGGGACCCAAUCCAGGACAUGUCAGCAGAAUCUAUUCGCAAACUUACCCUGCUGCCUCUAGAGAUGAGCGAUGAUGCUGUUGAAGCUGAAAAGCCCAUGGACAUUCCAAAAGAGCUGUGGACAAUGGUGGAUCAUCUGUACCGCAACGCUUCCCAGCAGGAGGACCUGUUUCAGCAACCAGGCCUCAGAUCUGAAUUUGAACAAAUCCGAGAUUGUUUGGACAAAGGAAUGCAUGAUACCCUUCUUGGCAACAACCACUCAGUAGCAGAAGCCCUGCUGCUCUUCCUGGAGAGCCUGCCGGAGCCUGUCAUCUGCUGCAGGUUCUACAGCAGCUGUCUGGAGAGUGCUGGCGAUUACCUGCUGAGCAGUCAGAUCAUCUUUAACCUGCCAAGGUGCCAUAAAAACGUGUUUGAAUAUCUAAUGGCAUUUCUACGAGAACUACUGAAAAAUUCAGGGAAAAACCAUUUGGAUGUGAAUAUUCUUGCUAGUAUAUUUGGUGGCUUGUUACUUCGACCUCCUCCUGGACAUCCUACACCUGAUAUAACUGAAAAGAGGAAAGCUCAGCAAUUUAUCCAGCAGUUCCUCUUGACAGAAGACAAUUCACCAUGAAUUUCAGAUGCAGCUAAUCUAAUUUUUAGAUAUUAAAUUACUGUAAAUAUUUUUUUUUUGUACAGUGUACUGGGUUUUUUAAAAUACCACAGUAUUUUAUACGAUCUGUUGCUUUUCAAGAUCAGGCAGUUUGACAGCUGUCACUGUUAAAGCUGUAAAAUAUAUCAAAUUUCUAAAUAAGCUGUAUGUAGACAAGCAAAAAUAUAAAAGCUGAUUUUUACACUGUACUUUAUUUAACUUGUAUUAAAACUCUCUGAAUUUUUAA